GAUUUAAAGGGGCAGCAGAGUCAGCCAAGAAAACGAUGUCGUCCCUGCCCCGUAGGAAACAGAGCAAAUUCACCACCACGCAUCCAUAUGGCAGCUUAAUUCGCCUUCCCUCUAGAUAGAUGCAUGGGGUGCUGCCGCGCCGCGCCGGCGUUGCGGUCGGCGUGCACCGCGGCCGUGGCGAUCUGCCUCCUCCCGGUGAUCGUACCGCUUUUGCUCAUCUGGCUGCCGCCGCUCUCCUUCGCUGUCGCCGUCGUCCGGUUCCACCGCCGACGAAGGUGGAUGGUGACCACGAAGAGGGGUGGAUGCUGCUUCCGCCGAGGUGAUGGAUGGUCGCCACCGGAGAGUCAGCCGGAGCCGGAGGGGCACCGGGUGGCGCUGCUACACAAGUACCUCGAGGAGCAGAUGGAACUCGUGGAGGCCGAUGCCGGGGAUGCCAUGGCGGCCUUGCUUGCAAGAAAUCCAUGGGCGGCGUAAGGCAAGAAACUCGCGCUUUCUUCCUGGAAACUGAUCCUUAUUUUUGUUCGAUUUUCCGGCCCAGGUGUUGUUCGUGUUGCUCGCGGGUUUAGCAACACAAGCUGCUGGUAGCAUCUCGUGAUUAGGUGUGUCUACGCAGCUGUUGGAUCAUUGACAUGUUAACCGGAAUUCUCGUUCAGUUCA